CAACAACUUCUGAACAUUUUCGAGGUUAUCAUCAACACAUUGGAAGGAAAAUUAAAACGCAUCGAUAAUCUGGAUAAAUCUGUGGAACAUAUGAUGAGACGUAUGGAAAUUUUGGAUAAUCGUGUAUCGGAUAAUUUAAUUAAAACCGAUUCGGUAAUAUCGAAAUUGCGAUCCUUAGAUGUGAAAAUAUCCAAUGAUAUAAUUGAUUCAGCCACAGCUGCGGCAUUAAAUUCCGAAACAAAUCGUAGAACAGGAAGUAGUGGUCGUUCGGCUCGUACCUCUUCAGCAUCGUCGACCAUUCAAUUAGACUCUCGUCUUGUAUUGUUGGAUCAAAAAGUCAGUGACAUUGAUUCAAAAUUGGAGGGACUGAAAAAUCAAAUUGACAAUAAUCUGCUACAAGUUGAUGAAUUCAAUGCUGAGGCUAGCGAAAAGAAACCGAUCAGUAUGAAUGUCAUUGAAAUUACCAAGGCCAUGAAUGCCGAAGUGAUGUCACAUGUCUCGAAUGAAUUAAGUGAACUACGCGACACCACCGAUAAUAUUGAUAAAAAAUUACAAUUCCACAUAAAUAUUGUAUCGGAAAAUGUCGGACGUAUGUUGCGUAUGGUGGGUGAUAUUCAUGAAGCUGUUGUCGAUCAUCAUGCCGAAUAUAAUAAUGUUAAUGCCACCACAACGGCUAUGCCUUUGAUUAAGUCCAGUAAAAUUGAUGCUCUCGUCAAGAAAAUAAGUCCAAUGGUAUCAGUAUCGGAAAAAAUGGAUGAAGUAUGGGAUGUUGUAGUGGGUACCAAGUCAUCGGUUGAUCAUUUACUACCCAAAUCAGAUGCUUUGCUGACGCAGACACAGCGUCAGGAACGCGCCAUUGGUGAGAUACAUCAAGAUCUGAAAACGAAGACAAAUUUAAUUAUCAAUAAUUUGGAUAUGGUUGAGAAACGUUUAAAGAAACAAGAAGAUGAUGUUCAGUUGCUGGCUCAACGUCCGGUGCCAGCUGAGUUGCUGAUGGAUCCAACAAUUGAUCGUUUGGUGGAAUAUGAUCCGAAUAGUACAUCAUCAUCUUCAUCGUCAACAUCGCAAACGACUUCGUCAUCAUCUAAACCUCUGUCGCGUAAAGGUGGCAUCAUAUUCCCCAGUGUCAAGAACAAGCCAUCGGUGGUGAAUAAUACAUUCACCACAGAUAUAUUAACCAUAAAGGAUGUUAAGGGUUUCUCUUGCGUUGAUUUAUUAAACGCCGGCAUGAAACAAUCCGGGGUAUUCUAUUUGCAAAUACGUGGCACCACCUACUGGUUUUUGAAGGUAUUCUGCGAGCAGGAAAUCGCUGAUGGCGGUUGGACGGUCAUACAAAGACGUGAUGAUUUCGGUGAGCCGAGAGAAAAUUUCAAUCGUGAUUGGGCAGACUAUAAGAAUGGGUUUGGCGAUCCAGCCAAGGAAUUUUGGUUGGGCAACGAGAACAUCUAUAUGCUAACGAAUAAUGAAGAUUAUAUCUUGAGAGUUGAGCUGGAAGAUUUUGAAGGCAAUAAGAGAUUUGCUCAAUAUUCCCACUUUAAAAUCCAUUCGGAAGCUGAUUAUUAUAAAUUGGAAAUUGAUGGUUAUGAAGGAAAUGCUGGUGAUUCACUGAAUGAUCCCUGGUAUGGUUCGAACAAUAGCCCCUUCUCAACAUAUAAUAGGGAUAAUGAUCGAUCAUCGUUGAAUUGUGCCAGUAUGCUUAAGGGCGGUUGGUGGUGGAAGUCAUGCGGCCGAGGCUUGAAUGGUUUGUAUUUACACGAUCCCCAAGAUUUAACUGCCCGCCAGGGUAUUGUUUGGUUCCGCUGGCGCGGUUGGGAUUAUACCCUCAAGAAGGCCACAAUGAUGAUAAAACCGCGUGGUCCCCAACCCAUGGGUUCAAACUCAGCAUCGUCAUCAUCAUCGGCGGGUUCAGCGUAA